AUGCGUUUGAGAGGCUUUUCGCCGUCCGCGGCGCUUCUUGCAACCCUCCUCGUUGGCCCCGAUCUGUCCUCGGCCUUCUACCUUCCUGGUGUUGCGCCAACCACAUACAAAGAAGGAGACAUUGUUCCUUUGAAUGUCAAUAGCCUCAAACCCGUAGGAUCGGGUCAAGAUGGUCAAUUACGAUCCGUUGUAUCCUUCAAUUACUAUCAUCCAGCCUUCAAGUUCUGUAGGCCGCAGCAAGGCGGACCGCAAGAAGUGUCGGAAAGCUUGGGCAGUAUCCUUUUCGGAGACCGGAUCAUGACCUCGCCCUUCGAGCUCAAGAUGGGCACGAAUGAGACGUGCAAAACGCUGUGCGCGGCAACGUAUGAUCGGAGCUCGGCUCGUUUCGUCAAUAGAAGGAUAGCACAGGGAUACGCGCUGAACUGGCUGGUGGAUGGACUGCCUGCUGGACAGAUGAUUGAGGACGAGGUUACGAACACGAAAUUCUACAGCCAGGGUUUCUCGCUGGGUGGUCUAGAAGAGAACGAUUUGGCACUGAAUAACCACUACGAUAUCCUCAUCGACUAUCAUGAGACGUCCGCCGGGCAAUAUCGUGUUGUGGGAGUCAUAGUACAGCCAGAUUCGCGGAAGGCAUCAUCGGAUGAAAAGCAAGGUUCCACUUGUGGAUUGGGGGGUCCCAGACAGGUUCUGGAUGAGAGUACUGAGACAGAAGUCACUUUCACGUACAGCGUAUACUGGGUGCCUUCCGCAACUGCCUGGGCUACAAGAUGGGACAAAUACUUGCAUGUAUUUGAUCCAAAGAUCCAUUGGUUCUCGCUUAUCAACUCGGCUGUCAUAGUUGUUUUCCUGACUAUUACUGUGGUCUCGAUCCUCAUGCGCGCUUUAAAGAAGGAUAUCGCCAGAUACAACCGUUUGGACUCGAUCAACCUGGACGACUUGUCUGGAACCUCUGCUGUUGCCGAAGAUGGAGUUCAAGAAGACUCUGGCUGGAAGCUUGUCCACGGCGAUGUAUUCCGUGCACCAAGUUCUCCCCUAAUAUUGAGUGUACUCCUGGGGAAUGGCGCUCAGCUCUUCGUCAUGACCGGCUUCACCAUCGCCUUCGCCCUCCUUGGUUUCCUAUCACCCUCAAACCGUGGCUCACUCGGCACGAUCAUGAUUCUCCUCUACACCAUCCUCGGCUUUAUCGGUGGCUACGUUUCAGCCCGUGUCUACAAGUCCUUCGGUGGCGAAAGAUGGAAGAUCAACAUUGCCAUGACACCAAUCCUUGUCCCUGGCAUCGUUUUCGCUACCUUCUUCCUGCUUAACCUGUUCCUCUGGGCCAAGCAAUCCUCUGGCGCCGUACCUUUUACAACCAUGCUCGUGCUCGUCGCCAUCUGGUUCAUCAUCUCCAUGCCCCUCUCAUUUGCCGGAUCCUGGUUCGGAUUUCGACGAGCACCCAUUGAGCCUCCUGUCCGAACCAACCAGAUCCCCCGCCAAAUUCCGCCCGGAACAGCAUACAUGCGCCCUAUCCCGUCGAUGCUGCUGGUCGGCAUCUUACCAUUUGGUGCCAUCUUCGUGGAGCUUUACUUCAUCAUGUCGUCCAUCUGGUUCAGCAAGGUAUACUACAUGUUCGGCUUCCUGUUCCUGUGCUAUGGACUCAUGAUCAUCACCUGUGCCGCUGUUACAAUCCUGUUAGUCUACUUUCUGCUAUGCAGCGAGAAUUACCACUGGCAUUGGAGGGCGUUCAUGGCAGCAGGCGCGUCCGCGUUCUAUGUUUUUGCAAAUGCGCUGUUGUACUGGGCGACGAAGUUGAGCACUGGGAUGGCUGGGACCGUCCUGUACAUUGGGUAUAGCGCGCUGAUUUCUUUCUUGUUCUUUAUUCUCACCGGCUCAAUCGGCUUCUUCGCCAGCUGGGCAUUCGUUCAGAAGAUCUAUGGAUCUAUCAAAAUCGACUAG